UGUGGUGUCCCAACGUGCUGUUUGAUUGGACGUCCCCUCCGGUCGUUACCAGGGGCGUGGAACCAUGCGAGCUGAAUGGGGAACACAUUUGUGUUUCUCACCGUUGUAUUAACCUAACUAACUUAAUGGGGAGCGACGAUGACAAGCGAAAACUACUGUCCGCGUAAAUUAAUUGCCGAGGAGAAGCAGGAAAACUAACAUUUCCCGUGUCUUAAAGCGGCCCACUGGACUUUAAAUAACGUACAUGCUCCGCAUACAGUAGAAACCGCGGAGAGACUCGGCAUCGUUAUCUGCAACCGAAGCAAGGGAUGAGAGGACUUGAAAGGAGAUACAUACAACAUAUUCGUCGUUUUUUUCUCGUUAAUAUGAGGUAUAUGGUCACUUAGUAAAGACUGAGUUGAACCUAUAUUCGUUUACGGUCUUUGGGGUAGCUUUUGUACGUGAAAAUGGGGACACUAUGCAGAUAGGGCGUUAUAAAGUCCACCUUUUGCCAUGGACAAUCGGCUAACGUUAGCGAUGUUUUUCUAACACUGGACCUGGCAGUUCUGUCUGUGUCGUGUAUCGUUAGCGUGGGUUUAGCCGAGGUUUUUUGGUCGGUUUUCUUCGCUUUUUGAACAUAGCUCCUGAUAUCGAAUGAAAUCUCGUCUGUCACUGUUUAAGGGCCUUUGCUGGCAAACUGCGUCACCGAGUGGGCGCUGCAGGUAUUCAUCUCUACUGUAAAUCUACAUCUUGGAAGUCUAGCCAUGGCACGAAUGACCUGGAAACCAAAGUGACUGCACUUUUAAAUCACCAUGGAGCCAGAGGCAAAUCCAAACUCGACGGCCCACCAAGAACUGAAACAUCCAUCUGUACCCAACUCAAAGUGUGAAAUGACUAUGAAUAUGUACAAGGCCAUGGGUGAUGGAAAUGUCAAUCUUGUGGACUCAGUAGUGAGAGAAGGGACUGAUGCCAGUGCACACCCUUCCUCCAGUUAUCAGAGGAAUGUGCAUCAGAGAUUCAUCAGGAGAAGUCUGUGGUUCUCGGAACCAGAUGAGCAGGCAUUUGAAGCACCUGAAUGCAAUAACAGGGAUAAGAUCCUAAACAUAAACCUGCGGACAAUAGUGGACAGGACACGAGGGACUAGCUGUGGGGUACAGGAAGGUUCCAGCACUGAAAGUCAAGGUGGCCAAAAAGACAGUGCAACAGAGAGUGCCAGUGCCGAUGAAGAGAAGGAUAAAGGUGGAGAUGCAUUAAAUCUUACAUGCAAUGAUAGUGGUAAAGCUGCUAUCAAGGCAUCCAGUGAGGAGAAUGAGGAGGAAGCAGAGAUGAAAGCAGUCUCCACAUCUCCAGGAGGAAGAUUUCUCAAAUUUGACAUAGAGCUGGGGAGAGGGUCCUUUAAGACGGUCUACAAGGGCCUGGAUACUGAGACUUGGGUGGAAGUUGCCUGGUGUGAGCUGCAGGAUCGCAAGCUGUCAAAAGUGGAACGUCAGCGCUUUAAGGAGGAGGCAGAGAUGUUGAAGGGUCUUCAACAUCCAAACAUUGUCCGUUUCUAUGACUUUUGGGAGUCACCCCUUAAAGGGAAGAAGUGCAUUGUUUUAGUAACAGAGCUCAUGACGUCAGGAACGCUAAAAACCUAUCUAAAGCGUUUCAAGGUAAUGAAGCCAAAGGUCCUGAGGAGCUGGUGCAGACAGAUCCUGAAAGGCCUGCACUUUCUCCACACCCGGACCCCUCCUAUCAUCCAUAGGGACCUAAAAUGUGACAACAUCUUUAUCACUGGACCUACAGGCUCAGUCAAAAUAGGGGAUUUAGGACUGGCAACACUAAAGGCGGCUUCCUUUGCUAAGAGCGUCAUAGGCACCCCAGAAUUCAUGGCUCCAGAGAUGUAUGAGGAACACUAUGAUGAGGCUGUGGAUGUCUAUGCCUUUGGCAUGUGUAUGCUGGAGAUGGCCACCUCAGAAUACCCCUACUCUGAGUGUCAGAAUGCUGCUCAGAUAUACCGCAAAGUCACUAGUGGAGUGAAGCCAGCCAGCUACAACAAGGUCAUGGAUCCUGAAAUCAAGGAGAUUAUUGGGGAGUGUAUCUGCCAAAAGAAAGAGGAGCGGUACACCAUCAAGGACCUGUUGAACCAUGCUUUCUUUGCUGAGGACACAGGUGUAAGGGUGGAGCUAGCUGAGGAGGAUGAUGGAAAAAAGGACUGCAUAGCCCUGAAACUGUGGGUGGAGGACCACAAGAAGUUAAAAGGGAAGUACAAGGAGAGUGGAGCCAUCGAGUUCACGUUUGACCUGGAAAAGGAUGUCCCUGAGGUUGUGGCACAAGAGAUGGUGGAGUCUGGCUUCUUCCAUGACAGUGAUGCUAAGACUGUGGGAAAGUCCAUCAGGGACCGUGUGGCACUGAUCAAAUGGAGAAGAGAGAGAACUGUGUCUGCUGCAGUUCCAGUGGAACAAGGUGAAGGGGGGGCACAGGGUCCAGAUGACAACAUCUCAGGGCAUCCCUGCUGGAGUGCACAUGUAGGACACCCUUUGCUGGAACCUGAAGAGCCAGAGGCAGACCAGCACAACAGGCUGUGUAACGUACCAGCCAGUGCCACCUCAGUGACAUCAGACGGCACACUUGAUAGUGGCAUGGGCUCCACUGUGUACUCGGAAUCCCACAGCAGCCAGCAGAGUGUCCUCUACCAGUCCCUGCUGGAGCCUAUUACUAUGGCAACACAGCAGGUCUGUAUCAGGAGCAUACACACCCAGGUGGACCAUGCCAGUUCCGCAGGUCACCCGAAUCAAACAUCUGUACAGGGCCUGGCUUCAUCCAGCACAGCAGUGCACACACCACUGCAGUGCCUCCAGCCUGGACACAGUUACCCUGCUGCUCCAUAUGCUGGCCAACACAGUGCUGCAACACCAGCUCCAGCUAGUCUAUGUUCAGUCAACGUCCAGCAUACAGUCAGUGCAGCUGGCUACACACCUCCAAGUGUUCAACAGACCCAAGCUGCAGCAAAUAUUUUAGCAUCAACUGUGCCACAACAUGUUGCACAGAGCUACCAAGCACCAUGCCACCAACAGCAGCAGGCAACAGCAGCAAGCUCUUUGACUUUUCCUUUGAAAGUCCAACAAACUCUUCAGAACUGUGUGUCUCAACAACAGGCUCACUCUGCAUCAGGAUAUCCUACUCUAGUUCAGCAACAGACUGCUGCAGCAGCAACCGCUCUGCCAGCACAGCAGCCAGCACAAAGCUACCCUCUUGCAUCUUUAGCCCCAACUAUGGCAGCCAUUGCCCAGUGUCAUGAUACUACACAAGCUCCCAGCGCACUGCAACACGUCAAACUGCCAAGUCAGCAGCCUGGUCAGAGCUCCUCGACACCAGCACUUUACAGCCAACCGAUACCCAUUCAGCAAGAGCACCAACUAAAUACUCAGUCAAAUAUACAACUAACCCAACAUGCUGAGCAGGCUCAUAUUCAGCCUCAACUCCAGCCUAGCCAAGAAACUCUGCAUACCAUACAUCAACAAAUGGCACAACAGCCUACCCAGCUUUCUCAAAGUAUUCAGUCUCCUGGUCAGCAACAAGUACACACCCUAACUCUACAGAAGCACAGUCAGAAAGCCAUGCAGAUUGCAGUUCCACAACAGAGCCAGGAUGUAUCCCAGUCUACAGUCCAACAGGUUCAUAUCCCAGCUUCUCAACUUCAUCCGACAGCACUCCCAGUUGUGCAGGUUGCAACCACACACCAGAGUUACCCUGCUGCUGGUCUACCUGAUGCUGCCUCUCAAAACUAUGCACAUUCUGCCCCCAAUGCGCUGCAGCAACAGACUGCAUUAGCUCAGAACCACUACCUGUCUGCACAGUCUACUGCUGCUCCCCAGACUUACGGAGGACAACAGAAUAUUCUUGCUGGUCAUAGCAUGUCACAGCUUGUACUAGAUGGACAGAGCCAUGGGCAGAAUCUCACCCAGUCAGCUUCAAGUGCACCAGCCCAGGCACUGCCUCCUCAACAGUCAAUGGCUCAGGCUACUGUCCAGCAACAACUCCAACCUCUGCAGAUUUCAAACUCUCUACCACCAACACAUCCAUCCCAGUUUCCUUCACAGUAUCCCACAAUCCAGGUGAUGACAGCUGUGACUGAUUGUGAAUCCUCUUACCCUCACUCCUGCACUGCCCCUCACCCUUCAAGCUCCUCUUCUUUUAAUCACAUCUUCCUUUCUCCUGGACAGACUCUCCCUGUGGCCCCCUCUGUGUCCCCCCUUUCUCCUCUGCACAUUGAAAAUGUGUUAGUUUCACCCACUCCAGUGUCCCUCAUACCUUCCCCCUCACCAAUGCUGGUUAGGGUGGGACCCACAUCCCCACAGCACCAGCCCACCACUGUUCUGCAGCAGAGUGUUAGAUCUGAAUCUUCUCAUUCACAACCUGCAUUUAUAUCAGCACCAGUCACCCAGCCCAUACACACAUACCCACAUGCCACGUGUCAGAACACACACCCUCCCACAAAUGGCAGCAAUCAGCCUCUAAUGCAGCAGGUUCAGCAGGCCCAAAUCAGCAAUCCUGAGCUUGUCUCCUCUGCUCAGCCAGUCCAGCCCGCUCAGCUCACCCAACCUGCAGUCUUCUCCUCACCUUUGCUGAAUGGGUCAGACCCAUGCACAGUCACUACUGCAGCCCAGCUCGACAACAAUAAUCCAUGCCAGCUGGCCCUGCAGGCCCAGAGUCAGGUUCAGAGCCAGAUUCCUGUGCUUCAGCCCUCUGACUUUCAGAGAGCGUCAUCUGGGUCUGGUAGUUCCAGUCUGACUCAGCAGAAACAGCUCAGUAGUCUCACUGGAGCUGCAGGUCAGGGUCCAACAGAGACCAACACUGAGGAUCAAGCUGCAGAGAGACACACUGAAGGACAUAGCUAUGACAGUCUCAACUCUGAUGCCACGUCAGGGAAGGAGAUGAGUGACGGUUACGAGGGGACAUAUGGAGGUAAAGGCGAAGGGAAAAUCCGCAAACACCACCGCAGGUCUACACGCACUCGUUCUCGGCAAGAGAAGACUAGCAGGCCAAAGCUCAGCAUGCUCAAUGUGUGUAACACUGGCGAUAAGAUGGUAGAAUGUCAGUUGGAAACUCAUAACCACAAAAUGGUUACUUUCAAGUUUGACCUGGAUGGAGAUGCACCGGAAGAGAUUGCUACAUACAUGGUGCAGAAUGAUUUCAUUCUGCCUUUAGAAAAAGAAGUGUUUAUCGAGCAACUGAAGGACAUUGUGGACAAGGCUGAGGACUUGCUGAGUGAAGACGCCGAGAGUGAGAGGAACUCUGACCAAGGAGGCAGUCCCAAACAGUGUGAGGGAGCUGGCGCUCUGGGAACAGAGGGAUUGAAGGCUUUCGCACCCAGCACACCACAGCUGGUGUACCAGCAAAAUGUCCUCCACACUGGCAAACGCUGGUUUAUCAUCUGCCCUGUCGCUGAGACGCCUAUGUUGGAUAAAGAGAAGACUACAUCUCACACCUCUACAGCCCAGGAAUCUGAAAAGUCUGCCUCAUCAUCAGUCAGGCCCAACAGCAACACGACUGCAGUGUCUCCCCCAGUCACGUCUUUAUGCUCCCAAAGCCCAUCCUCCUCCUCUCUGCUCCCUGCAGCUCAGACCUCAGUGCAAUCUCAAGACCAAAACAUUGAAAAAACACGGAUCCAGCAGCCUCAGCCCUGUAUAAAUAAACAUCCCCUUGCUGCUGUUGGUGCCAGCCAUCACAACGCCCUUCCUGUGGAAGAGCCUUGCAUCUCUGCUGUCUCUAUGGUAACGGACAUUCCAUGCUGCGCUAUUGUGCCACCUGUCUCUCUGAAUGUGAAUGCUAUUGAUAAAGAAGCAGUUAGUGGUUUGACCUCUUCUCAAACUAAUCAGGCCAACCAGAAGGCCAGUCCUACUGGAGAACUACCCCCUCAGCUGGCCUCCCAUCAGUCUGUGGUCCUGCAGCAACCUUAUGCCACGCCCAUGCAGCCUGGGACAGUCACCUCCCAGCCCCAGAGUCCAGCCCAUCAGAACUCCCAGUCCACAAGCCACCCACAGCCAGUAAGUGGGGGGCCAGGAGAGUCGGACAGUGAGGGACCACGCAGAGUGGAGUUUGCAGACCGCACCAUCAAGACAUUGGAUGAAAAGUUGAGAAACCUGUUGUACCAGGAGCAUACUCCCUCCCAGCCCUCUAGCACUGCAUCUGACCCCCAGGCCUCCAGUACAGAGGGAGUAAGCUCACCUCCAGUCUCAGAAGGCCAAAGCACCGAGGGAGCACUUACAAAAAAGAAGGGGGAGCAGCUGCCUCAGAUUCCUGAGAGCACAGAUAGCGUGGGUGCACUAAGUGACUCUUCAGUGGCAGCCAUUAACAGGGGUUUGAACAGAAGAGAUGUGACCACCAGCUCCAGUUCAUAUAGCUCCAAAAGCCGUUUUCAAAUCAUCCCCACUCCACCAGAUGCCAUUUGUCGUUUAGAGAAAAGCAAGACGACUUGCAGUUCCCCAGCACCCUCUAGUGGUUCUGGAGGGUCUCACAGCCAGACCCAGGGCCCAGGCAGGAAAGAGGACUGUGUGGCCAUGGGCAGAUCUGUGACAGCUGCAGCCUGUCCUGAGAAUGCGGGAACAUCCAAACUCCACAGUAGUAACCGUUACUCUGCCCCACCAAACUUCUACCAAGCCACCCCCACUUCCAGCCCUGAUGUCACCCCAGGCCAUAUUCCCCGGGCCCAGACGAUCGAUACGCCGACUCAUCACAACUACCACCACUCCUCUCACCACUACUCUGACUCAGCAGAUGAAGAUAGCAACAGCAUAGCCCUUCCUCCAGCCCACCCCGCUCCCCCAGCUCAUGCCCUGUCUGAGCACAGUGGAAGCGACCUCAUGAAGAGGGCAGUGGCCUUCCUGCGGCGCUCUGGUCGGAGCAAAAGUGAGCAGAGCUCUGAUUCACCGAGCCGACCGCCCGCGGCAAUGAAUGGUCACGCUCCCUCGCCUUCUGCAGGACAUGCCCACUCAUCCUACAUCAGCAGUGACAAUGACUCUGAGUUUGAGGAUGCAGAUAUGAGGAAAGAACUGCAGAAGCUGAAAGAAAAACACAUGAAGGAGAUCUCUGAGCUGCAGGCGUUCCAGAGAAGUGAGAUUGAGCAUCUGUACACUGAGCUGGGCAAAACACUGCCCCCCAAUGUCGGCCUACUUCAUGCUGCACCCCCAAGUGGUCGCAGGCGCAAGGCCAGCAAACACAAGCUGAAGGCUGGAAAACUGCUCAAUCCGAUGGUGCAGCAGCUCAAAAACAAUCUUAACACCUCCACAGAGAGGAAAGGUGAGAGUGCUGCCAGUUCAUCCAGCUCCCCGGCGAAAAGUUCAGUUCUGUCAGAUGGCUCUGCCCACUCCAGUGGCAGCUCUAGCUCCAGCAAUGAGCCCAGUGCAGCCCCAGAGCAGGUCCACACCCAGCAACCCUGUUCCUUAAAGGGCUCUUUCUCCUCAGACAACAUCUACGCUGGGCUACACGGCGAUGGGACAGCCAACCAAGCUGGCCCUGGCCAAGGCUGGACGGUUUACCACCAAACGUCAGAGAGAGUCACCUAUAAAUCUAGUAGCAAACCACGCACUAGAUUCCUCAGUGGACCUGUGUCUCUGUCCAUCUGGUCCACUCUGAAACGACUAUGUCUAGGCAAAGAGCGCAGUAGUAGGUCUACUCUCAACACCACCACAGCUCAGACAGCCUCCAAUCAGACACAGGCGUCACUCACCACAGCUACACCGUCACCAUCUCCCCAGCCAAUCACACAGCUCGCUCAGGUCCAGACCAACAACAGCAACAACAAGAGAGGCACGUUCACCGAUGAUCUUCACAAACUGGUAGAUGACUGGACGAAGGAGACUGUUGCUGCAGCUAAUCAACCACGCCCCUCCCUCAACCAGAUCAAACAGCAGAGACGCCAGCAGGACCUGGAGGGCAGAGCGCCACCCAUGGGAGCAGCUACACAUGAGAUGAAAUGCCAUGUUGGUCCACGCAAGUUCCAGCUGCCUCUUUCCUGCCCCCUGACAGCUGCUUUAGGCCCUGAUGGAUUGCCAUAGUGGUGAGAUGUACCGUUGCCUUGCAGAAACAAAUGGUUAAUGUACGACUGAUGAGAGAAGAAAAAAAAAAAAUUACGCCAGCAGCCAAAUCCACUCUUUCGGGUCAAAUGGUUCAGUCGGACACAGCCUCUUUUUGAUAGGACAACUGAUGCAUUGGGCAGCACAAGAGUUGGCAAUGUUGUAGCCUUGUGCUCAGACGAAAGGUGGUGUCCAGAGCCAUAUAUACUGUACAUAGUUCUUUCUACAGAAUAUGCCUCUGGAAGUGUUCUGAUCAGAAUGUAGCAAUUAAUAUGUGAAGGCUUGAGGCUUAAAAGUGCAAUUUAACCCCCUCCACAAAGCUUUGAUCGUGGCCUUGCCACAAGCCUUAUCUCUGGUGUGCGCCAGGAGCAAGCUGAAGAGUUGAACAAAGUUACAAAUCACCAAGCAACAGACAAGUUACCUUGUAAAGUAUAAACAUUACAAACCAAGCAAACAACUCACUACUGCUAAAUGUUCUUUCAACCUGGCUAUCCUACUACUCAGCAUACACUAUAUGUGAAAUGUUUUGUGCGAUCACCAGUUAGGUCUGAUGUUUUUUAAAUUAUUUGAUGUUUAAAGCUUGACUUUUUAAUGCUGCUAUUGUCUGAGGUGAUUCCACUGUACAGUUAAGCAUUACAGUCACAUGAGAUGGUACUUAAAUGAAAACAACUCCUCAAAUUAAAUUCACGAAUGAGACCCUCACAAAGCAGUGUUUUGCCCUGUUGACAUUUUGAUGUGUUUAUUUUCCAAGUUGCUUUGGAUGACAGCAUUAUUUUUUUUCAAUUUUCUUUUCAGUGAUUCAGAAUUCAAAUGAUACUUGAUGCGGGAGAUUUGCACAACAAUACAGUAUAGUCUCCCUUAAUUCUAACCUGUUUAAGAGUUUCCUACACUGUAUAUAGUGGGUUUCACCGCCUGUACUUUUUUAUCACUGACGAGCAUGGCCAACUUUUCAUGUUUCACAAAGCAAAGAAACAAUACAGCUACAAUGGUUAAAUAUUUUACAUCUCAACACAUUUGAAAGGUUUCAGCACCCCGAUGUCUGCCAAGCUGUGAAUUGUACAGUUUUCUUGUAGUUUAUAUUUGUAAAUUUUUCUUUUUUUUUUUGACUGUUUAGAGGUGGUGGUGGGGGAGGGGUUGCUUUGAUGUAUAUUAUUCCAUAAAUUCAGUUUGAAUUGGACUUUUAUAGGAUAUUAUGCAGAGUCUUCUGCUUUGGUGAAAUACUUCCAGUAGUAAGAGAUUUCUGUUCUCUGUCACUUGUAUCUGGUUUUGUUCCACUUCCUUGGUUGCCAACUCAUGGUUAGCAGAGGAAGGAAUAACUAUUGUUUGCAUAUUCAUUUGGAUGCAGUGUUUAAACGGAUGGAGCUGAGAUUACGGAGGAGGAGGAGGAGGAGGAGGAGGAGGAGGAGGAGGAGUAGGAGCAGUCCUGACACUUUCUACUCUGCUCAUCUCACUUCUCUCUGGACAAUAUUGCCCCCUGGUGAAUCUGCUCUGAUGAUCAAAGGCUUGUAUUCAAACUGUGUGGGAUUGCUUCUGCCUGCUGAAUGUCCCACUGCAUUACCCCACCCAACCCUGCUGCACUCUAAUCAUCACAGACUGUAUGUUGAGAGAGAAAUAAAUAUUAUUUUGUGCUUGAUA